ACAGCUGACAUUCGAGCAGAGCUGCUCGAUCGCUUUGUUGUUGUGAGUUUUCUUUCAUCGCGACGACGAUCGCCCUUAUCAAAAUAAUUAAAUUACUCAUCAUUUUCUGGCUGUGCGUAGUGGCCACUAAACUUUCCUCCCCCCAUCGAAAGCGUGACGUUGUCCUUCCACAAACCACUCCAAAAUGGCUCUAAUCAACAUCGACGGUGAUCCCUGGCUCACCGAACUGGAUGCAUGCGAAAAUCUAAGCAACGAUAUACAGUCCCAGCUAGCGGCUCGCAAUCGUGAAAAUCAGCUCUCCCGCCAGUACAGCAUCAUUUCCGGCACGGUGCGCGUCCGGUUGAAGCAGCUCGGCAGCGAGCUGGACCAGCUAACCCGCAAGCUGGGCCUCCUCUCCAGCACGCUCACGGCGGGCGAGUCCGAACGAAGGCAGCGCCGCAUAGAGGCGCUACAAUCGAAGCUGAUCCAGUUGCAGCGCCAGUUCCAGUACGUUGAGCCGGCGGCCGCCCGGUCCGCGCUGUUCGAAACGAACGGCAGUGGUCGCGGGCGAGGUGCAGUGGCGUUUGCCGACGAUGACGAUGAUGACGAUCCGGCACUGAUACCGACGAACAGCAACUAUAGCGUGGCCGAUUUGCGCAACCAGCAGACGCGCAUUCUGGAGGAUCAAAACGAGGGCCUGGAAGCGCUGUCGCAGGUGAUCGCACGGCAAAAGGAGCUGGCGACGAGGAUCGGCGGCGAGGUGGAUCGUCACAAUGACAUUCUGGACGAUUUGGCACAAACGAUGGAAACGACCGACGGGCGGAUAAAUCGAGAAACGCGCCAAAUCGGAGCGAUCACCACGCAGGACUCAACCUGGGGCUACUGGAUCGUGAUAGGGUUGCUUUUCGUUGCCAUCGUUUUGGUGGGCAUUUUCUGAAAGUAAGGCAAGCUUGAGGCACAAGCUUCUUGUGUACACAUUUAUAUAACCCCACUUGCAGUUGCGCCGUACCCUUAUCUGCGAUUUAUCUCCGCCUGAGCAUCAUCACCAAAGUGUAGCCCCCAAUAACGGUGCGGAGAAAUAACGUGCGGGUGUGCCGGCAACUGAUUACACUCCAUAUCGCAAUGUAUUUAAAGCCUAAAACACUACUAUGUAUACUACCUUAAUAAAGCAAAACUUAUUUACAAUUUUACGUAAAA